AUUUGGACCCUGGGCCCAACUCAUCUCCUUUCCAAUGCUCUUCGCAGCUCUCACCCCGUUCACAUGGGAAGCGGCCUUAUCCUGAGUUGGACCUUCCGUCCAUCUAGCUCAGCGGUGUCAACUGGCAGAGGCUGUCCAAGGUUUCGGCAGGGAAUCUUCAAGGGCAACACAAGCAGCGGGAAUGUGCAGAGUGCCUCUGGACUAAGUACAACAGUAGGUGGCUGGGAUCUCGCUCACGCUGCAGCAUGCCCAGGCUGUCGUAGGAAGCUGCCUUAUACGGAAGCAGAGCGUUGGUCCAUCAAUCAAUACUGUCUACGCUGAACUUCCCGGAAGUGAGUGCUCAGCUGGUGACUGUCUCUGAGAGAUCUCUGCCUCAGAGGAAGCUUUUUUCAGGUUAAAAGCCAGUUAAAAGGAAACUUUGACUGGCUUAAAUGUUCUCCAAGGUAUAGGAGAACCGAUCAGAUUCUCCACAAGACUUCGUUGAGCUGUCGGCGGCUGGAAUUGAUCAGGAAAUUCCUGAGAUAAGAAGCCAUGCCGAUCGGCUGAAGACGGAGUCAGGACUUCCAUGCAAGCUGUACUGGGAUAAAGCGAAGCGUUUUUUUUCCUUCAAAAAAAAAAACGUCCUUAACCAGCGAGCCUACUUCUGUCUAAAUCUUAUCAUUUGGCUUAAAUUACUACAAUAAAAGGGAUUUGUUUACGAAUCAGCAACUGAGAAACCUGGAAAAAUGGCUGCUCCUCCAUCGGCUCCUGCUUUCCCUGCGCCCACACCUCCAUCUUAUGCGGAGACGACCGGAAUCAACAUCUCUGCCCCAUACCCAUACCCAUAUCCUGUCCCAGGCUAUGGGGCUGGGCCGACUAUGAAAGAUGGGCAGCCCCCCCCGUACCCCACGCAGCCCUACACCACGCAGCCCGGAGCCUUGCCAGGACCUCCCCCAGCUGCUGUUCAGGCGGUUUAUGUCCAGCAACCGUUGGUCUUCCAUGACCGUCCCGUGCAGAUGUGCUGCGCGUCGUGCAACAAAAUGAUCGUGACGCGCCUCUCGCACAACGCAGGGGCGUUGACCUGGGUGGUUUGCGGCAGCCUCUGUGUGCUGGGGUGCGUGGCUGGCUGUUGCCUCAUCCCCUUUUGCGUGGAUGCCCUUCUAGACGUGGACCACUAUUGCCCUCACUGCAAUGCUCUUCUUGGCACCUACAGGCGUCUCUGAGCAACUUCAGGCAUGCGGUUUUAAAAGAGGGAGUCAUGCCUUCUCAGAGAGCCCUUUCUGAGUUUACGGAAAUUAUUUUCAUGCUGUGAUUUUUUUUUUUUUUUUUUGCCUCUGAAGAUGUGUUUUUUAGAAGACUCAACCUUUGGGAAAAUGUAUACCACUUCUUGGCCAAUCUCUCUUCAAAAUGUAUGCCUCUGAAUGUAUCCUGAAACAAUGCUGGCAGAAGUCAGUUCCGUUUAUUUUAUUUUUUUGCAUCAAGAGGUGUUGCCGUGGAAAACCUCAAUCACAUGGAUGUGUACAGGAUAAGGCCUUUCAUGCAGCCUGAAGGGAUUCUUGAUUCCAGUAUUUGUUCUCCCUGGCCACUUCCUUAAGUGUUGAUCUCUGUUAAACAUCCUGUUUUUUAAGGUUGCUUUUAAAUCUAUUGGUGAGGACUGUGUUGCGAAAUGAGGCACAUCAGAGCUUCUGUAACAAUUGACUUAAAAGUUGGAGACCAGAUUUUUUAUUUUUUUGGGAGGGGGGAGAUCCUCCGAGCCCCAUGUUGUCCCUUAUCUUCAGAGAGGGACUGGUAAGUCCCUUGCUAUCUGAGAUGGGGCACUUUUCUAAUCACAAAACAAUCUUGCUGAUUUUGUAUUAACCUAGAGAUUUGUAAGUUCUUCAUGGAGCAUUGCAAAGAUUUUGAAGCUUUUAAAAGUAUUGCCAAGAUGAAAAUGUGUAAAAAUAGCUUCCUGCGAUAUAGGGCCAGAAUUUUGUCUUUCUGAUCAAAGUAAUUGUUCUGCUACGAGUCAGACGGUAGAAGUGAGAGUCUUGAGUCUCAAACGGCUCAGAUAUUUUCCCAUCUCUUUAGCAGUUUGGCACGAGCAGGUUCUGAUGUAUCUUCUAACCUUGGGAAUGAUAUAGAUAACUGAUGCUGUGAAUGUUGAGGCUAGAUUCUCAGUUGGGGUGGCUAAUGGAAAUAUUCUGCCCCAGUGAUCCAACUGGAGGGAAUUUGUGUUUUUUUUGCACCCACUGGAAUUUUGCAUAAGCCUACUGGCACAGAUGCCAAAUGAGUUAAUUGCAAGUGCCCUUUUGAAGAUGCAACCACAAUUAAGAUGCUUGAACCAACUUCUGUUCUGAAUUAAAGGCAUGACCCAGCGGAGAGAGCUGAAGGCUGCCUGCAUGGACUGGAGGUAGCGUAGGUGUUGUGGUGUUGCUUAAAGACUCCAGCAAUGCUUGUGUGGAUCUGGACAAGUUAUCUACACCAAGGCAAGGUUCAGCCAGGUGUUGGAGCGUCAUAAAUUCAGACAUUGGCUUGCAUUGUGCAGUUUGAACCUGACAGCUGUCUUGCCCUUCUUAAAUUUUAAAUAAAAUUGUUCAUCUUGUAAGACAACAUAA